AUGGAGGAAUGGGCCUAUGCUAAUAGUGACAUCAAUCCAAUUGGAAAGCUCGGCCCAGCCCACUCAAUAAGUGUAAACCGAAUCCAACUCAGCCCUAGUUGUGUCAUCUUCUUCUUCUACCGUCCUUUUACUGUAAAACUGAAUUCUCACAUCUACCUACAUCUUGGCGCACUUUCAGCUAUAAUUUCCCAGACAAGAGGGUUCUCAAAGAAAGAAGAAGAAGCAGCCGAAAUGUUGGAUUAUCUCCCAAUCGAAGUUGUGUUCGAAAUCCUCAUAAGACUCCCUGUUAAGUCACUGGUGAGUUGGAGGUGCGUUUGCAAGGAAUGGUGUUCUCUAAUCUCCAGCAACGCCUUCAUCGCCGCCCACACCGACCGAUCUCUUUCUCGAAGCGAUGACAACAAUAAGAAUUUCUUUCGGUACGGACAAUCGGCAUGUAUUGGUCUUCGACAACCUAAACAAUUCCAGCACUUUAGUCUUCGCUCUGAUGAUGGAUCAUUUGGUCAUAAUAGUAACUUCAUCGACUUGAACUUCCCGUUCAAAACGGAUAUUUGUUUGGAUGUUCUUGCCAACAUAGUGGGUUCGUGGAAUGGGCUAUUCUGCUUUGCUUAUGAUGAUCCUAAUUGCGGCAAUGGCUAUAGUUUGUGGAACCCUUCCAUUAAUAGAGCUCUAAGACUUCCAGAGCCUAAUUUCACCUUCUCAUCACAUUCACAAUACAUGUUGAAGCAUUCCCAUGGAUUUGGGUAUGACCCCUCUACCAAUGAUGUUAAGCUGGUCAGACUUGUAUAUCGUGAAGAGCAUCGGAACAAGAUUCAAACGCUGGUCGAGAUCUAUACGCUUAACGCUGGCUGCUGGCGACCCAUUGAUACCCCUACUCCAUCAUAUAUUGUCAAUGAGCGUUGCUUAUCCGUUUUUGUCAAUGGGGCAUCCCAUUGGAUCGCCCAUACUCCGCGGGAUGAGGGCACUUUUCGCAAUGUGAUAGUGGCGUUUGAUAUGGGUGAUGAAGUUUUUCGUGAGAUUGCAGUGCCCAACUGCUUUGUUGGGAAGUUGUAUUUGAGUAUGAGUGUUGCGGUGCGUGAUGGAUUACUUUGUCUUGUCCCGUUUAAUGAACGAGAGACGGAACAAUCCUUUUCUAUAUGGAUCAUGAAAGAGUAUGGCGUUGGAGAAUCUUGGACUAAGCUAUUCAGCAUUCCUAUCAGUGUAAGAUUAAAGAGGGUGGUAGCCUUCAGGAAAAACGGUGAACUUCUUAUUACUGACAGAAAUGGGCAGCUUCUUUCUUACGAACCAAAUAUCCAACUAGCAACUUAUCUGGGAUUUGGUAUGUCAUGGCACUCGGCAAGUGGAACUUGUUUUACGGAGAGCUGGUUUUAUUGGGACAAAUACAUGGAGAGCCUCAUUCUACUAAAUGCAAAUACUUCUGAUUCAAGUGCAAGAAAACUCCGAAGAAAAGGUAACAAUCAUGAAGACAAUGAGAAAGAGGGUUAGCCUAAGGUAAGAGCUAAUUUGGACUGGGUGUGCUAAACAAAUGUUUGGACAGAUUUUAUUAUUAUUAUUAUUAUUUUUUUCUCCAAAAAAAUCAAGCUUUUGUAGAUAAUUGCUUGUUGCCCUAACAUUUUCUACAUGUUUAUGUUUCCAUAACAUUUAGUAGCUUAUAUUUAGUAAUAUGAUGGUAGU